AUGGAAGAGGAAGAGGGGUCAGAACCUGAUGGCAGCAGCUUCCAUGCAAAAGCCACGGUGGCUUCCCUGGCCUCUCCCACUCUGCUUUUCCCCUUGUGAAGAAGGACAUCCUUGCUUCCCUGGCCAGCUUGGCAGGAUCUCAUCCUCUUCUUGCAAACCGUGAGCUGAACAGGGUGAUGGGGAUACCUAGGUGGGACUUGGGAACAGUAACUACCGGUAGCUUUUGCUUUCUGGAAGCUGCCCUGCAGCUCCAUCUGCUGGGAAGUUUGAGGGGAAGCGUGUCAUUUAGAGAGGGCAACCACAUCUCUGAUAUUUGUCUUCAUUUUACAAUGCAUAAGAAAAGAGAGCAAUUGCAACAAACGCUCUUAAAAUUCAUUGUAUUCUAAUCAAUUGUUUUUAUAUUUGGUGUUAGCCGCCUGAGCCCGGUCUUGGCUGGGGAGGGCAGGGUAUAAAUAAUAAUAAUAAUUAUUAUUUUAAAUCUUGUUGGGAAUAUUGCUGCCACUUAUCCUCUCCCAGGAUUUAAGGGGUGUGUGUCUUCCAGAAAGGUACCUUCAAUGGACCCCCUUAAGCUGCACAGAACAGGAAUUCCCACACACUACCACCAGUAUUGACGCGGGUGGCGAUGUGGGUAAAACCUCAGUGCCUAGGACUUGCCGAUCGUAUGGUCGGCGGUUCGAAUCCCCGCGGCGGGGUGAGCUCCCGUCUUUCGGUCCCAGCUCCUGCCCACCUAGCAGUUCGAAAGCACACUUAAGUGCAAGUAGAUAAAUAGGUACCGCUUUAUAGCGGGAAGGUAAACGGUGUUUCCGUGUGCUGCGCUGGUGCUGGCUCGCCAGAGCAGCUUCGUCACGCUGGUCAUGUGACCCAGAAGUGUCUCCGGACAGCGCCGGCUCCCGGCCUCUUAAGUGAGAUGGGCGCACAACCCUAGAGUCGGACACGACUGGCCCGUACGGGCAGGGGUACCUUUACCUUUUUUACCACCAGUAUUUCCUGCCAACCUAGCAGUUCAAAAGCACAUCAAAAUGCAAGUAGAUAAAUAGGUACCACUCCAGCAGGAAGGUAAACGGCGUUUCCGUGCGCUGCUCUGGUUUCACCAGAAGUGGCUUAGUCAUGCUGGCCACAUGACCUGGAAGCUGUACGCCGGCUCCCUUGGCCAAUAAAGCGAGAUGAGCGCCACAACCCCAGAGUCGGUCAUGACUGGACCUAAUGGUCAGGGGUCCCUUUACCUUUACCUUUACCACCAAUAUUUUGGGUGCUCAUAAUGUAAAUGGGGGCAAUGGGCCCCUUGCUGGUCUUGGGUUCCCAGCAGAAGCCCACCCUUGCUACCCUCUGGAGCUAGCCAUGUCUGUCCUCUGGUGGAAUAUGAAGCAGUCACCUGAGCAAGGUCUGGACACAGAAACUGGGAACUGGAUGGGACAUAAGGAUUCCAGACUGGUUCAGAAUCACAGACCUUUUGGGCAUUCCAUCCCAGAGUUUGUAUUUGUUUUCAUUUAUUAUGUAUGUAGCUAUUUAAAAUAUCCCCCGUCUUUUUGCGUAAAAUAAAUGUUCAAACCAAAAAUAAAAAAUAGAGACCAGUAGAGUUACCUGCUAGGCUUAGCCAUUUUGUUAGCUUCUUUUCCCCGUGGAAGAUCUAAGGAAGAAAAGUUCAGGUAGUAUUCUGCCUGAUUAAUCCGGGCCUUGCAACAUGUGGCUGGCAGUAGGGCUGGGUGUGGGAACCUGGCUUGUCGUCUACAAGCUGAAAAGCAGCAAGGGAGGUUGUGACUCACCUCACAAAUGUGGUGGGCAAGUGCUGCCUAACCCUGCCCCUACGCUCUGAUUUCCCCUGGUUACUUCCUCCGCCAGAUGCUUUUACCCUGGGCAGGAUUCCAAAGGUGUAUUUGUUUCAUGGCACAGGGAGGGUUGCAAGGAAAAAGUAGGGGCAGAAGGUUCAGCAUCCUCCUUUCCACCUGCUACAUCCACUGAUCUGGCACCAUUUGGGCUCCUAGGCCAAAUAUACAUAUUACACUGCUUAUCUUUUAGUGUUUGGCAGCUUUGUAUUGACUCCUAGCAGCUGCUCGCUAGAAAGGCUGUGAUCUUAGGCCUGGUCCCCUGCCUUUUUCAUAGUGUCACAUGAACUAUUGGUGUUUGAGACAGUAAUGGGUGCCUUGAAGACAGUUGUCACAGCCAGUUCUCCUCCUGUGGUUCAGCCUAGUCUCAGAUCUUGCCUUAUUGUCAGAUGACUCCUCACUGUUGACUUUCCCUGCUGCCCAGUUUCUGAAGCCAUCCCAUUAUCACCAAGAACCACAUUAUCUCAUUCUAGAAAUACAUAUUAUAUUAGCAAAGCCGGGCUCUAUCCUACGGAGGAAGCAUCUGAAAGGGGAGAAGCAGUAGGUGGGAGGGGUGAUAUCUAAUCCUACCUACCACUUUCUCCCUCAGACUUUUCUUCCAGCUCUGCUUUUUUUCUGGCCUUUGAUGAAGCUGGGAAAAGAAAGGAGUAGGAGUAAGGAGUAGGAGUAAAGUAGUGCCUAGGGGAAGGGUGAAUCAGGCCUCCUCCCACCUGAUGCUUUUCCUCUGCAAAAAGAAACCUCAUCUCCACAUUCAUACUAUACAAGUAACAUGAGAUUGGGAGUCUGUGUUCCUAAGAUCAUAGCCAGGCCAUUUGUGAAUGCAGCUCCUCAACGGAGGGCAUUGUUUGUGUUCAAAUAAUGUGGAUGAGUGGAAGUUGGACAGUUAUAUACUGAUGUAUUUCCAACUCAGAAUCACAAGGUGGCUAAACACAUUGCACACCCGGUAAAGCUGACAGCUUCUCCGCGCCUUGCCUUAGCUUACCUUUGACAUAACAUGUAGCUCUCUUCCAGGGAAAGAUAGAUGAAAAGCCUUGUACUUCAGCCCAACCAUCUCUUUUUGUUUAAAGUAGCGAUGGGGAAUGUGUGCCCUUGUAUUUUUAAUCUUUCUUGGAAGCCGCCCAGAGUGGCUGGGGAGGCCCAGCCAGAUGGGCGGGGUAAAGGUAAAGGGACCCCUGACCAUUAGGUCCAGUCGUGGCCGACUCUGGGGUUGUGGCGCUCAUCUCGCUUUACUGGCCGAGGGAGCCGGCGUACAGCUUCCGGGUCAUGUGGCCAGCAUGACUAAGCCGCUUCUGGCGAACCAGAGCAGCGCACGGAAACACUGUUUACCUUCCUGCUGGAGCAGUACCUAUUUAUCUACUUGCACUUUGACGUGCUUUCAAACUGCUAGGUUGGCAGAAGCAGGGACCGAGCAACGGGAGCUCACCCCGUCACAGGGAUUCAAACCGCCAACCUUCUGAUCGGCAAGUCCUAGGCCACCCGCGUCCCCUGCCUUAGCUUACCUUUGACAUAACAUGUAGCUCUCUCCCUACUACCUCAAAGGAAGAGACUGAGAGCUAGAUUCAUUUGAAGGGUCAGGGAAAGAUAGAUGAAAAGCCUUGUACUUCAGCCCAAUCAUCUGCUUUUGUUUAAUUAGAGAUGGGGAAUGUGUGCCCUUGUGUUUUUAAUCUUUGUUGGAAGCCAACACUCCCCAGAGUGGCUGGGGAGGCCCAGCCAGAUGGGUGGGGUACAAAUAAUAAGUUGUUGCUGUUGUUGUUGUUGUUGUUGUUAUAUAUUAUUAUUAUUAUUAUUAUUAUUAUUAUUAUUGCAGAUGUUGUUGGACUCCAGCUCCCAUCAGCCUCAGCCAGCAUGACCAAUGCUAAGGGAUUAUUGGAGUUGGACUCCAAGAACACUUUCCCCAUCCCUGUUGAUUUAGAGCUUCAAAUGCGCAUUUAUACAUACAGUAUAUAAGUUCAUCCCUCAUAAAUAUCCCAAGGAAUGGGUUGGGGGGUGAUUGGUACUAGCCAAAAAGUGUUCAUUCCAGCUGGCAUUUUCCUGGUACAAACUGAACAAUGCUGAAAAACCUACCCAGAGAUUGCCCAGGACAGAAAAAAUGUAUUAUUUUGAGAGGGCAGGGGUGUUUCCAACCUCUGUCACUCUUAAAGCAUUAUGUCUCUUGUCCCCUGUUUGAGCCAACCUUCCUGUUUUUCUGCUUCUCCCUAAAGGAGUUAACUUCAGAGGUUUUGUCAACUCCCUCCCAUCCCAUUGAAGCAGCUAAGACGAUGAUCCACUUAUUACAGACCCUCCUCCUCACCUGCUUUGCCGUCACUGUGCAAGCCAAGAUCUUUGGUCGCUGCGAGUUGUACCACGUGCUGAAAGUUAGCGGACUGGAUGGAUAUGAGGGGUACAGCCUGGCCAACUGUGAGUGUAGCUUCUCAACGCAGAGCAUAUUUCAAAUGUUGUGGGGAGGAAGGAGUGAGAUAACAACCAGGGUCUUUCCAGACACCAUUUCCUUGUCUCUACGUCCAUGAGAGGGUGGCAAUUUAUUUGCUUUGGCCUAAAACCUGUCCCAGCUUCCUUCUUACGAAUGCUUCCGCAAAGCACUCCAUUAUCUGAAGACCUAAUGAAUGAAUGAAUGAAUGCCUCUCUGAAUGAAUGCUUCUCUACUCCCCAUUCUUGCUCUGAGCCAGCAUUGCCAUAAGGCAACAUGAGAUGAUCCUCUCUGGAAGCAGAUUUCUAUUACACAAAUGGAAGGUACACGGAUCUGACACAGGGCUCAUCCACACUCGCCUUUUGCCCUGCUCUAUCUAGGCACAGUUCCAAGCUUUCCCAGACUGUGUCUGAACACUUUUUUCUUUUUUCUUUGCAUUGCCACAUUCAAAGUGUUGGUGCUGAGCUUUAAAUCCCUAAAUGGCCUUGGCCCACUAUCCUUGAAGGUGUGUCUCCAUCCCCAUUGUUCAGCCCAGACACUGAGGUCCAGCACCAAGGGCCUUCUGGCAAUUUCCUCCCUGCGAGAACCAGGUGGAGAGCCUUCUCGGUGGUGGUGCCCACCCUGUGGAACGCCAUCCCAUCAGAUGACAAGGAAAUAAACAACUAUCUGACUUUUAGAAGACAUCUGAAGGCAGCCCUGUUUAGGGAGUUUUAAUGUUUGAAGUUUUAUUCUGUUUUUAGUGUUCUGUUGGAAGCCUCCCAGUGUAGCUGGGGAAACCCAGCCAGAUAGGUGGGGUAUAAAUAAAAUAAUGGUGAUGAUAACCCAGGAAAAUUGUCUAUUUAACACUGAAUUCGAACAUAUAGCAAUUUGGGUUUUCUGCAGAUUCUGAGUAUCAGUUCUGUUGUAGACCUGCACAGCUUCAUCCUAUGUUAGACUGGAUUUUUUCCAUAGAGUCACUUGACAGUACAUAAAAACAGUGCUUUUUUCUGGGGGUACUCAAAGGUCUGCAUCACCUGCAACUUCUUCUUCUUUAAAGAAAAGCACUGUAUAAAAGCAAUCUGAGAGCUACCUUUGUUUCCAAAUUUCUAGAUGGAACCUUCUUCACCUCUUAAGUUGUAAUCGGUGCUUCACCAGUUCCCACAGUUAUACUCUCAGGCUUCCUCUGUCUCUCUCCCUGCUUUUUCCAGGAAUAAAACAUGCUCCUGAGGUCUGAGCUACAGGUCAUAGCCCAAUUACAUUACAGCAGGGCUGGAGAACCUGUUGCCCCAAGAUGAUGUUGCACUCCCGACUCCUCACAGCUUCAGCCAGCCAAAGACCAAUGAGCAGGGAUGAUAGCAGUUGAUGUGCAGCAAUGUCUGGGUGAUUGCAAGUUUUCCACCUGUACGUUACAGGACCUCUUGCAGGGAAAAUUCCUGGCAGAUGGUGCCUCAGGUUACUUGCUGCCCCAGUCACCAAAUUUAUCUUGGGACAUGCCAGUCAGUAGGGUCUUCACACACACACACACACACACACACACACACACACACCACACAUCUCCAGCUCGCCUAGCCACAGCUGACCUGCUUUUCGCCUGAGGAUGGGGGAAGCUCCCACUGGCCCCUGACCUGACAGGACAACCAUCAUGAAGGAAACCUGGAGGCUUGGUAAAGCCUUUUUCUUACCCCAGAUUUGGAGGAUUCUUGUAUGAUUUGUAAAAUGUGCUGUAGUGAAAGAAAAAAUAGCAAAUGUCUCCGUCCCUACAUGUAUUUGAGGAACGAAGACUUCAUACCCACCAAGUGCCUCAGAAAAAAAUGGGACAUCCUGUUUUUUCACACGCAAUCAUGGCGGCCAUUUUGGGAGCUGCGCUCUUGCACCCUAAAAAAAGUGUUUUUGGGGGGUGAGAUUACAGCACACGUCAAUUGAUUCACCCGGCAGCACAUCCUGGAAGAUGUGCAUCACGGUUUUUGAGCUGAAAGGGCAGACUUUGGCUGAGGGCUUGUGCACACUUCUUUGGGCGGUUUUCCGCUUGUCUCAUGUGUUCUAGGCUGUUUUGCUUUGCCUCACCACUUUCCCCAAAAAACUCUCUCCAAAUUUAAUCCAAUCCAAUGAAAAUCCAUUUAAAGUUUGUGGCGAUUUGGUGGUCUUUUGAAAUGUGAUUUAUAUUUUAGUAAUCUGCAGCAGCUUUGCCCCUGGAUUGCAGCUCCUCCUUUUCCAACUGCUCCCAUCCCCAGCCUUUUUGGAACAAUAAAUUGGCCACUAUUACAGAGUAUAACUUCCAUUCUUCUCCCUGAAGGGAUCUGCAUGUCAUUUUUUGAGACUGGCUUUGACACAGAGGCUGUUGACAGGCGCAAGGAUGGCACUAAAGACUAUGGCAUCUUCCAUAUCAACAAUGGCUGGUGGUGUAAAGAUGAAGGUACCCUUUCAGAGAACCUUUGCUCCAUGUCUUGCACAGGUGAGUUCCUUCCUGCCUCCCUCCGCCACGGUGGCACUGUGCCAGAGGGGACAGGCAAAAUGAUGGGGUGCUGCCGAAAAUGGAACAGCUUGCUAAAUGCUAUGUUAGAGGUGUGGAACCUGGUGCUGUCCAUAUGUUGUUCAAGCUACCACCAGCCCCAACCCAACAUGGCCAACGGUGAGGGAUGAUUGAAGCAAAAACUUGGAGGGUCACAGCCUCCCAGUCCUUGGGAUACAUACUACUGGCCUUUCCUGACAUUUUUGUUUUAUAUUUUCAUAUUAAAACAGAGCUUGAUUUAAUAGCAUAAUACCUCUUAGGUUAGUAAGCACAUUUUUAGUCUUGUCAGUAAUAACACAUUGCUGAAUUCACAUUUUUAUGUUAAAAUAUUGAUCCCUCCAAACACAACAAUGCAGCUCAAAAAUAUAAAUUAAUAUUGUUAUAUUAAAAUUGCUAACACAUCCAAACAUAAUCAUCCAGCUCAUAAAUGUAGGCAGAAGAUGAUCUUUUUUUUUUUUAAGGAUAACUUACUCUUGUUCAGAAUGCCAGUAAGCCGUUUCAUAAAAGUUCAUAGGCUGCAAAAGACUGGCAGCUGGUUCAAGGAUAAUGCAGGAGUAAAUGCUGAGCUUUUCCUAUUCCACCUCCAAAAACCCCGACUAUUUGGUUUGUAUUCAAGUGUUUUUACAUUGGAACUAGUCAAACUGUCCUGUCCCUAAUUUUUACAUGCAGACUGUAAGGUUUGCCAUUUCAGCAAUUACAUCCAUCAACAAUUUUCUUGUUCAGGUAACGAAGGUAUGUUACAACAGCACCACCUGCUGGCUGCUAAUACCUUAGCAGCUGAUCAAGUGCCUAAUAUUUUGUAAUGUGCUUUCAAGCGUUCAUUACAAGUGCUUCAUAAUCUAAUUGCAAUACCUAACAACAAUCCUUAAAGUACUAAAAUGCUGGCAGAUUUUCACAAGGAUGAUGGUGGUGGUGGUGGUGAUUGCAUAAUGUUGUGGAAAUGUGGAGAACUGAAUUUAAGCUUGGAAAAAUGAGACACUUGGAAAACUGACAGAUUUGUCCAUCUUUAGUAACAAAGCAUUUUAGCCAUCGUGAUGGAACUGGGCAUAGUGUGAACUGAUUUUUACAUCCACACAGUCAGCUUUGCUGUUACAGCAAUUUGAUCUAAAAGCAGCUCCCCCAUUCAGAUAGAGUAAAGGUAAAGGUAAAGGGACCCCUGACUGUUAAGUCCAGUCAUGGACGACUCUGGGGUUGCAGCGCUCAUCUCGCUUUACUGGCCGAGGGAGCCAGCGUUUGUCUGCAGACAGUUUUUCUCGGUUAUGCGGCCAGCGUGACUAAGCCGCUUCUGGUGAACCAAAGCAGCACAUGGAAACGCCGUUUACCUUCCCGCUGGAGUGGUACCUAUUUAUCUCCUUGCACUGGCAUGCUUUCGAGCUGCUAGGUUGGCAGGAGCAGGGACCGAGCAACGAGAGCUCGCCCCAUCACAGGGAUUCGAACUGCUGACCUUCUGAUCGGCAAGCCCUAGGCUCAGUGGUUUAGACCACAGCACCACCCACGUCAAAACUUAUUUGGCCCUUUUCAGAAAAAAAAAAAAUACUCAGCACUCCCCUGGAGAUUGACCUUCUUUAAGUGAAGGGACGCAGUCUACUUGCCAUUGGCCAAAUAUGCUGGCCAGCUGCGAUCCACUUCCUGGGCCUGGGUGAAGCUGGAAAGGGUUCACCCAAGCCCGUGAAAAUCCCUUGCCUCUAGCAUAACCGAUGGAUCCAGAGGAGGUGUUGUUGCCGUGCACACCAGUGCAAGUAGAUAAAUAGGUACCACUGCAGCGGGAAGGUAAAUGGCAUUUCUGUGCACUCUGGUUUCUGAAGAUGCCCACCAGCCAGUAGCAACUUAGUAGCAGGUUGACCAGGCACUGCCUGAUCAACAGUCUUCCCCACUAUACCAUGGAGAGAUGUAUUUCUAUUUAAAUUGUCGUAAUUGUUUCUAAAUGUGCAUCUAUAUAUGCACAUUAGCGUAUACAAAUGUUAUGAGCAUCAGAGUCUCUUUGCUGGUGAUGCAUUUCCUUUGUUGUAUUGGCAGCACGUAAGGGGCCACCCUGCCUUUCACCCUAGAGACACAGGGGUAGAAUAACAACAACAACAACAGCAACAAAUUUUAUUUAUACCCCGCCCUCCCUGGCCAGAGCCGGGCUAAGGGCAGCUAACACCAGUAAAAUUAUAGUAAAAACAUAGUGGGCGGGGGGACCAAUUUAAAAUACAGGUUAAAAUGCAAUUUAAAAUGCAGCCUCAUUUUAAAAGUAGCCCAUAGAUCAAAACCAUAAGAGGAGAGAAACAUAAGGGGCAGACUGAAUCCAAACCAAAGGCCAGGCGGAACAGCUCUGCCAUUCAUUCAUUAAAAGUUGUGGCCAGUGACAAAUGCCAGUUUAAUAGUAGAAACCAAAGCAAUGUAUAUAUAUAUUUUUUAAAAUAAAAAAAUCUAUGCUGGAGAGAAGGCAAACAAGGCUCCUCUUCAUCUGUUUGCUUUAUUUACUUGCCCUUCCUGCAGCAACAAGCAUAUCUCCAGGUGUGCUACACAUCAGACGAGGAAGAACUGUGGUAGCCCAAGACACUUUGCCACCUGAAAAGGAGUCCAAAUGAUUCCAAAGGUCCCCCCCCCAAGUUAAUAAUAAUAAUAAUAAUAAUUUUUAUUUAUACCCCGCCCUCCCCAGCCAAGGCCGGGCUCAGUUGUGGGCUUUGGGCUCUCAUAUUUCAGUGGCAAACUGUGCAACUCUAAAAUCCAGCACGCCCACCUCUCGCGUUCUGUUCUACAUCAUUGUUGCGGCACCCCCUGCAACACCAGCACCCAGAGUGGCGGAGCCAGUUGCGCUACCCUAAAACUGCCUCUGCUCCCUCACCGUCAGAUAACUAACACUUCAAAAAUCUUGCAUUUCAGACACCAUUUCCGACCUCCAUUUAUUUCAAUUCCUGGGCACUACCUAAAGCAGCCCAGUUUACCCUGCUUCAUGGCAUGGGCCACCCCACCCAUAAGAGCCAACUCUGAGGGACCAAAGGGAUCUUCGGCCCCCCAAUAAAAUAUUUGAGGGGCCCGUCCCUCCCCCCAAAAGUUGAUGGGUAUUGCCAUUCAAAUGUUGUGCAUGUGUCGCAUCAUGUGAUCGAUUACGCAGGGUGGAGUUUACCAGGGCCCCCCAAUAUUUUAUUCAAGUUGGCACCCCUGACCCCCACCCUUGUUGAUGAGAGGAAUGGGGAGGGAGUAAGUGGGCUGCUUCCAUUCCUGCUACAUGGGGGUUGCUAAAGGAUGUGGCAAUCCUAGGGAGAUUUGAUUCUGCAAUUAGCCUUAAGCUUGUCUUUUAGUUUAUUCUAACCCUGUGAUAAUAAUCGCCGACUUCCCCUUCCAUUCAUACAUUUUCAUUCUCUUUUCUAGAUUUAUUGAAUACGGAUAUUCACGAUGAUAUCUUAUGUGUCAAGAGGAUUGUGAAAGAUCCCCAAGGCAUGGGUACCUGGUAUGAGAGCAUCUUCUGUUUUCCCCCAUCUAGGGGCUAACUCUGCAAACACCUCCCUCACCUGGUUGUUCCAGCGUUACCAAAACCGAUCUGCUCUCUCUGUAGCUGUAUUUCUCUUUCCUGCUGAAAUAGUCUUGACAGACACCCCCCACUGCUUUUUAUAACAGCCUUACAUGCUGGUCUCAAGCAGGUGGCAUUUCUCCUAUCAGUUUAUGACAGGAACAUCUUCUCCCUGGCCUUAAUUUAUGUGUGCCAGGCUGCUGUUAAAGGCACAGGAGCCAGGCCUGCUUUGAUUUAUUUAUCACUAAAAAAUCCAAGUCAGACAUGGGGGUCCUGUGUGCCUCUAGAAGCUGCUGGGACACUAACUCCCAUAAUCCUGACCCUUGGUCUUUAUGGCUGGGGUUGAUGGGAUCCAGAGUCCAACAGCAUUGGUUCCCCUGCUUGAUCUAAUAAAUUGUCAUAUUUCAGUGCUGGAUCAAGCAUUUGGCUUCAAACAAGCUGGAUCUCUAAUGGAGUAAAGAAGCUCACUUUAUGUUUUCCUGCUUGCGGGCACACGCGCUAAACCCUGUCUGUGGUGCCUACCCCAUUAUCCCAAAUGAUGAGACAAGAGACCAGAGUAUGGGUUCAAAUUGGCCACAACUUUAUUGAACUUCAGAAGUGGGAAACUUGGCACAGGCUUUGGCAGGUAACCCUCUCAGCCCGCCUGGCUGAGGAAAUGCAGUUAGUAGAGGCCCAGUGAGAGGGGACUGCAAAGCGCAAACUUACACAGCAUGCCCUUCCACCGACCUCGUCCCGGGAGUUUGACCUACAUGCCCCCGCUCUAGGGCCAGGGACUCCCGGUUUUGCCCUUUAACGGGCCCUGCAAGCGCCGCUGCAUGGGGAGGGAGCAUGAAUGCAUCCCCCCCCAACUUGAUGUUAGACUAAAGGCUACCUUGCCAAGGCUUAAAAACCACCAAAGUUGUGACGAAAUUGCUACGGGGAAGGCGAAACCUGCCAGUGCAGUGGAAAUUUCUUCCCGGUUCUGAAUACAGCAACCAUCUUACAACCGCAGCAGCGCCCGCUGACCUGGAAGGCAAAAUAUUAGCCUGUAAAGAAAGAAUAAUUAAAUUGAAGAUCACUGACCUAGGCUGGAAUUAAUAAGCAAGAAAUUAUUAAUUUGAGGGAGGGUGGGUGGGUGAUCCUGGCAGGAAGAACAGCAAAAGAGGCUUGAGCCAAGGAGUCAGCCUCUUUUCUUUUGGCCUUAGGCCCACCCUCGGCCGGCCAUCCAUUGUCCUCCCUGGCCGAGGGCGGGUCAAAGGCCAGCUCAAGCAGGUGGGUGGCACCCGCCCAGGUGAGCCCCGCUUGGUGCCGCAAACCCCGCCCACCUGUGGGGAAGGGAGGGCGGAUAUUGCUGCCUAAGUCAGAGGCAUCCAAGGAAACCAGUUAGUAGAGUAGCCGAGUCUUAUCACCCCCGUGAGUGCCUUUCACAACCUGGAAACAGGCAGGAAUCCAUAGCUGAAGCUUUCUCUACCACUGAAUUGCUGUUCCAGAAAAACCCACAGCUGCUGAUUUCUAACUUACUACGCAGAAGCUAAAGGCACAGGGUUCCUGGCAGAAAAAAGUUGGUAACCGUGUCAUAGAAAUGCAGAUGGUUAACCAAAGAUGGGACUCCUUAACACAUGCAGGAAUUCUUGUGUACUUGAGUGGUUUGGUUGCAUUUAUUUGUGCAAUAUUUUCAACACAUAGAGAACAAAACGUAAGAUAAAUAGCGCAGAUCACUGUCCUGAGGAAUUACAAGCUAAAAUGCCACUGGUGUGAGGAUGUCAUGUUAGCACAAACCCAACUUAAUGGGGGAAGCCUUCUCACUUGGAUGUUAAGGAGAACAGGGCAAACCACAGACAAUUUCUGAAUAGCUGUGUAGGUGAAAUUCGGCAGGUAUUGUUAUGCAGUGACAAAAGAAGCUUCACUUGCCAAAGUUAUCAUCUGUUCAUAACUGUUAAAUGCCCAGGACUCUUCCUCUAAUUUUCACCUGAUAAUUCCAGUGUAUCCUGGGGACACCCCUUGUGCACUGAGCAGUAGGUGGAAGCCAGGAGCCUUCAGUGUAAACGGCACAUUAUGAAUUAAUGGUGCAGUCCAAGAUCCAUUAUAAAAAUCACCAAACAGCCUUGCUGGGGUGGGUGGGUGUGCGCGCGUGCGCGUGCACACCUGCCACCAGUUCCUAUGAAUGUUUACUCAGAAAGUAAUGUUUACCCAGUCAGUCCAACACUACUUACCCCUUAGUAAGUGUGCUUUGCUGGAAUUGCAUCUAGAAUUCUCUUGAAUUUAGUGGCUUGAACCAUGCUAUGAUGGAUUAUGGUUUAAUCCUUUUGGUCUGCAACUGCAUUGUAGUUUGAGAAAAUGCUAUGAUCCCUAUGCAUGAAAAACUGUCCUUAGGAAUAGCCAUUGUGGUAACAGACUUCCUCUUUCUCCAAUUUGCCUUCUGCAGGAAGGAGUGGAAAAAGCACUGUGAAAAGCAAGACCUGCGUGAGUGGGUGAAGGGGUGUAAGCCCUGA